AAAGGUGGAGCUUAUGAGUCAAGAGGUGAAGACUUUAAAGAACUCGGAUGAUUAUAUAUCACAAAAUAGUAACUAUAUACAUACUAAAAAAUGUUAAAACGAGUUGUGAAAUGGUUUAAAAAAGAAUCACAAACUAAAAGAGAACGACAAGAAAUUAUAAAGCAAUGGUUUUCUGAUUCAGGAAUUGAAUGGUCUGAUAUUGAAAACUUGUUAUUUUGGAAUGAUCCUAGAAUAUCUCUGGCUGCUUACAUAAUUUUUACAUUGUGUUUCUGGAAAUUCCUUCUUUACAGACUGCAAUGUUUUGCUAUUCUCAUUGUUGGGUUUUGUGUGUCAGUCCUUUUCGACAAUAUACGGUUGUACUACAAACAGUAUAUGCUAAAAAAUUUACAGAUUGCAAUCAGAGAAGAAAAUAGAACUCUUGGUUUCAAUCUGGAUGAUGCUUGUGAAUGUGCUGCAGAUAUUUGGACACAGAGCGAAGAACAUUACAAAUACCUAAUGAAUUUAAAAGACACUUCUAACCCUAAGCUUGUGCUCUAUCUUCUUGGCUACAUUUGCAUUCUGGUGGUUAUUUUAAAACAUAUUCCUGUUGCUCAAAUCCUGUUUUUGCAAGGUACAUUUCUGUAUUUUCUACCAAUUCUCACUUAUCUUGGAAUAUCUGACAAAAUUGUUGAAAAAGUAGAUAGACUUUUUGCACCUAUCACUAACCACUGGAUGCACAACAAAACAAAAAGAAGACGAAACAGAUUGAGAAAGUUAGACAGAUUGAACUCUCCUAAAAAAGAAAUGCAACAUGUGGCAUCAUCUUCUGACACGGAUGAUAAAGAAAACGAUGAAUUUCUUCCCGAGCGAAGCCAUUAUACAGAAAAAGUGUUAACUUCAAUGCACGAUGAUUCUUUUAACGAAUCUUUUGAUGAAUUUGAUUUGCGCGGACAGCAACGCGUCGAAGUUGCAGAAAACUCAUCCGAUUACGACGAAGAAGCGUUUAUACCGUCUUACAACAUCCAACCAGGCCAGGGAAUGCCGUCAUUAUCUCAAUUUGAUAGCAUGAUGGAACCUCUAAACGACGAUUUCUAUGGCGGUUUGGAUUUCAAGAAUGUUUCUGCAACUACAAGCGCUAAUUUCGGCAUACCUAGCAACUAUCAACGCCAUCAUGGCAACGACGACGUCGGGCAGGAUACGGACGAAGAUGUCGAAGAUAUUCCUGUUGAGCAAGCGGACGGUGUCAGAUUUGCUCGUGUAGUGACAACCAAUGAAAACCUGUCUGAUCACGAAGAACGCGGUUUGACGCGUACUAUAAAAACCGACGACGACGCUGUUGACGAAACGUCGUAUCGUGAUCGUCAAGAAUAUGAGUUUUUAGAUAAAACGGAAUUACAUAACGUCACGGACGAAGAAAUCAAUGAACAAGCGAUCGGUCAAUCUUCCAUUUCGAAAGGAGUUUCAAAUUUCUUGGGAUACUAAAAUAAUAUUUUCACACGACUUUAAUAAAAUGAGAUAACAGGAGAUGGGAUCUUACUUGUAGAUAACAUUAUGAAUACACUGAUUAUUCGAGAGAGGUAUUUACUUAUACAUUUAUAGAUAUGGCUAAUGCUUUGAAAAGGGCUUUUUGGGCGUUUUUAUUUGAUAUGGCAGGACAGUGCACCAUUCUGCUCUUUUCUAGACUAACUGUUUUUGCUUUUAAACAGGGAGCUUGUUAUUGCGCUUUUAGAAAAUAUAAAGAUCUAAUUUUUCACCUUAAAUCACUCUACAAAAUUUUUAAUUUUCAUGAUUAAUUUCUACAAAUAAUGAGUGUUUAUUUUAUUUUUUUAUCUUUUUCAUAAUGAAAGAGUAAAAAAGAAAUGUAUAUAUCCACUCUGCUUCAUUUGAAAUAUGUAUGUAUUACUGUAAAUAAAUAAACUAGAAGCCUUGUGGCUUUGACACUACCACUG